AAAGGAUUUUCCCCAGCGCAGUGGGAACGCCCUGCCCGCGCUCAAGAUGGCGGCGGCGGCGGCGCUGAGGCGGCCAUGGCGCUUUCGGGCGGGAGCCGGCCCGGGCCCAGGCGGGCGCUUCCCAGGCAUCUACGGAUAAAAAUCUAGUGGCUGCAUUCAAAAAUCCAGAAGAUGAUCGCGGCUGUGCCAGCGGCACGAGGAGCAAGGCGGCGCGGCGGCAUUCCCAGAGGAUGGUGAGCGGCGGUGCUGGGCCAGCCUUGGAUUCCUCGGGGGAGGAGCCUUGCCAGGGGUGUCCCGAAGGAUGGAGAAGAAAAUCCUGAUGAAGUCCAAGGUUGCUGCUCCCAACCUCCUGAGGGCUCUGCAUUCCCUGUACCGGCUCGGGCACCUCUGCGACGUGACAGUCCUCACCCAACACCUGGGAAUUCAGGAGGAAUUCCUGGCUCAUAAAGCCGUCCUGGCAGCUUCCAGCAACUACUUCAAGGGGCUUUUCCUGCACCAGGAGAUGCUGGACACCCAGAAGUGCACGGUGACUCUGCCGGACAUCUACACCGAGGAGUUCACCUCCUUCCUGGAGUUCGUGUACACGGCAGAGGUGGAGAUUGAGGCGGGAAAACUCCAGAGGAUGAAGGAAAUAGCAGAAAGGCUGGAAUGCAAGGAUUUGCUUGAUAUCUGUGAGGAAGUGAAGGCAGAGGGCAGGAAGGGCUUGGAUUUGAGCCUCCACCUGAAAGGGCAGAGGGGUGAAAAUAGGGGAUCGCAGUGGCCUUGUAUCCAGCAAGAGGAAAACCCCAGGAACUCUUCCCAAGUCAUGGCAAUUCCCGUGCAGAGGAAACUUUGGGAUAGGCAGAAACAUCAGGAGCUGCUGCCAGGCUAUGAGCUCAUUGAAAGCCAAGCAGGAGGCCUGGAGCAGGAGGCCACAGCUUUUCCAGCCCCAAAAUCCAGACCAGCAAAGCUGCCCAAGUGCAACAAGCCACAUUCCCCAGCCAGACUGGGUGUGGAUAUCACCAGCCUGGAGAACAAGGAUGGCCAUUCCCUGGGCAGGGGGCAGGAGCAGAAGCGGGAAUCCCAGGCGUGUCCCUACUGUGACAAGGCCAUCAGCUCCAAGUGCGGGCUGGCCGUGCACGUCCGGACACACACCGGGGACGGGCCCUACCGCUGCCAGCGCUGCCCCGCCAGCUUCGCCCACAGGGCUGCCUACACCUCCCACCUCAGGAAAAUCCAUGAGUCUGGGCAAGAGAGGAAACUCCUGCCUGUCUAUUGGAUGGUGGUUCCACCCACACAUGGCCCAAACCCCACGAGCCAUGAUAAAGAUCCCGACGGAGAGACUUGGGAUGGGACACCGGAAACCUCAGGGUGUGAGGAAGAUGCCGGGAAUUCAUCUGUUGCUGAAGCAGAAAGGGGCAAGGAGCAAGAGGAAUCCCAGGAAGCUGAAGGAGGGAAUGAAGAUGAGGGUGGAAUGAGUGUGAAGGGCGAGGAGCAGGGAGACUAUGACACAGGAUACUCGGAAAUUGAAGGAAGCAGGGACAACGAGGAAUGUUCUGAGGAGGAGGAGGAGGAGGAUGAAGCCUCAACAGAGAAGGACAGCAAAGAACCUGAACCAGGGUUUAAACUAAAGAAGGCCAGUAGAAGCGUGGCCAGCAAGAAAUCCAUCUACGUGAUCCAGUGCGACAAGUGCCAGGAGCAGUUUGUCUCCCGGAAGAAGUACGUGGAUCACUGCCGGGAUGUGCACCAGAGCCUGCCUGGCAAGGUGUACCGCUGCGAGGUGUGCAGCAAGGCCUUCGCCAGCUACACCAGCUGGAAGGAGCACCGUGCCUGCGUGCACAGCGAGGAGAGGAGGUUCUCCUGCAGCCUCUGCCAGGCCACCUUCAAGAGGAAGCGGGAUGUGAGGACUCACUCCAUGCGGAAGCACGAGGGCAGGGCCAAGCGGCCGCUGUGCUCCGUGUGCGGCAAGAUCCUGAGCUCCCGCACGGCGCUGGUGUUCCACAUGCGCACGCACACCGGAGAGAAGCCCUACGAGUGUGGCGUGUGUCACUCCAGGUUUGCUCAGCCUUCCCAGCUCAAGAUCCAUACCAGAUCCCACACUGGGGAGAAGCCCUACAUUUGUGAGGACUGCGGCGCUUCCUUUGCCGACAGAGGAAAACUCACCGGCCACAAAAGGACGCACACAGGAGAGCGGCUCUUCAGGUGUGACGUGUGCGGGAAGCACUUUGCCACCAACGAGUACCUGAAGUGCCACAAGCGCUGUCACCUGGGAGCCAAACCCUACAGGUGUGAGGUCUGUGGGAAAGCCUUCGGACUCAGAGCCUCCCUGGCCCAGCACAGCAACGUCCAUGCAGGUUGCUCCAAGCCCCAUCCAGCCUUGAACACUUCCAGGGAAUGUUGCAGUGUGAUGUCAUGGUUUGCCUCAGAGACCCGUCCCUAUUUCUGCGAGCAGUGUGGCAAGGCCUUCACGCAGCAGGGCGCUCUGCGGCGCCACCAGCGCAUCCACACCGGCGAGAAGCCCUACAAGUGCCGCGCCUGCGACAGGACCUUCACCGACAUGUCCACCCUGCGCCGGCACGUGGCGAUCCAUGACCGGAAUGCUCACUGGAGAAGCUUCUUGAUCGACCUCACCCCAAAAAAAGACCACAACUGGUCCAAAAUAGAGACUUUAGCGGAAGCGCAUCCGGGAGGGGAUCCCGUGCCGGAAUUUUGGUCGGUUGACCACGGGAAACUUUAUAAACCAGGAAGUGCUAAAGCAGCAGCAGCACACGUGACACCUGGGCUUGGGGACACCGGGGACACUGACUCCUCCCUUUUGUACUUAUAAAGUCAGGUUUAGACCCAAAUAUGGGCGGUUGGAGGCAGAAUGGUGGGAGUUAUCCUUUGGAAUGCAGGGAAUCAUUCCCAAUGGUCACUGCAGCUGCCUCGGGAGCUUCGUUGCUGGUGGUAAAGGGGUAAUUCUUCAUGAGGGUAUUCAUUCCACGGAAAUGUUUGCAUCCGACCAGAGGUUUGUUUUUCCCAAAGCUGUGGGAGCAUCCCAUUGGGAAUGGGCGGGGCGGGGUGUGUGUUACAACCACAGCGUGGUGCCGCCGCUGUAAAUCACCAGUUCCUCCUUUAAUAAAGCUGCCAGUGCCGCCCA